UAUGUUUUCAUGCAACGGUUUGAAUAGUUGAACAUCGGCAUCAAGCUAGCAGUAGCACAAACAGAAGCAGUUGUGCCUUAAUGCCGGCCCUCCAAAAUUGAAUUAGCCGGUUGGUUCAUCUACCCACGGCCACGAGUGGCGAAUCCAGAGAAAAAAAACAAGCAGUACAGCUCCCUACACAGAAAAGACAAAUGUUUUUCUCCAGACCCAUUACCUGGGCAUCUCUUAUCUGUCUUGGACUCGCCUUCUGGUUGCAUUACAGCUACCCUGCUGCUAAAGAUAUGGCCGCGGAACCCUCCAAAUCUAUCUACGAUUUCACUGUCAAGGAUAUUCAUGGAAAUGAUGUGCCUUUGAGCAAUUACCAAGGGAAGGUUCUUCUGAUUGUCAAUGUUGCUUCAAAAUGUGGUUUAACGCAGUCAAAUUACAAGGAGUUGAACGUUUUGUACGAGAAGUACAAAGAUCAAGGUUUUGAGAUUCUAGCAUUUCCUUGCAAUCAGUUUGCUUCCCAAGAACCAGGAACAAAUGAGGAGAUUCAAGAAACUGCAUGCACUAGGUUUAAAGCUGAAUUCCCAAUUUUUGAGAAGAUUGAUGUCAAUGGAAAGAACACGGCACCCCUUUACAAGUUCUUGAAGUCGGAAAAAGGUGGCAUACUUGUAGACGCUAUCAAGUGGAAUUUCACGAAGUUUCUGGUGAACAAAGAAGGAAAGGUUGUGCAGAGAUACGCUCCUACAACAUCACCACUUGCAAUUGAGAAAGACAUACAAAAUCUUUUGGCUAAAUGAGCAUGCAGCAAUGGCUGUCGACUCGCCUGCCUCUAUAAAACAAAGUCAUACAUAAUCUAGUAGCUCGCUGUCUCUGGAAAUUUUGCACUGUGUUUGGACGGCAGCAAUGUAAUGCCUGUUGUAUCUGAUGCUUUGUUUGAUGUGAUGGAAAAUGGAAUGAUACAUGUUACUUAAGAUGUUGCAUUUGUAUCUGGCCAAUUGGUGAAUGCUGAACAUGUUUUGAAUCUUGAUGCUGAAAUAAGAUGCCUGAAUUCAGUUGCUUUUA